UGCUGUCAGCUGUCAACCGGCGAUAUUGACUGGGAUCCAAGGGCCGGCUAAGCCAGUAUUGGCUCUACUGAGUAGAGCAAUAGAGAUUUCUACCAAAUUGUAUUUCAUCAAUACACUGUGGCUUUUUAUUCAUGUACAUAGUGUAUUCCGUUUUAUUGCCGUCUGAGGGUACACCAUUUCAUCCUUAGAUAUAUUGACCUGUGCAUGCUGCUUGUCGAACAUUACCUUCUGUCAUAGAGAGCUCGUUCAGAUACCUACUGGGCCAAACAAAACUAGGAAUUGACUCGGCAAAAACGCAUUCUCCGUUUAAUGUACAGUCAUGACCAUGUGUAGAAAAAAACUCAAAGCCUGAUGAAAAGAGUCCAUAUAGCCUAGCUUGUGUUCUUGCCAUUACACAGGAGUGGAAGUUGAGAGACUCAAAUUAUGAAAGCAAGUCAAGUGACAGUUUUAUUUUUUAUGGCAAUAGACCAUUUGACAUGUGACCAGAAAAUACUGAAACCAAAGAAUUUGACAAUUGGUGGGAUUUUUCCAAUGUCAGGAAGUUGGGCUGGAGGUAUAGGAUGUCUUCCUGCAAUAGAAAUGGCACUGGAAGAUGUGAACAAGCGCAUGGACAUUCUGGAGGAAUAUCACCUACACAUGCAGUCUGAUGAUAGCGAGUGUCGACCUGGACUGGGGACCAAGGUGUUAUACCAGUUGCUGUAUCAGGAACCCACCAAGAUGAUGGUGUUGUCAGGAUGUAGUAUUGUGUCAACUUUCGUGGCCCAGGCUGCAAAGAUGUGGAACCUUGUUGUGCAACAAGCUGCCCAGCAGCAUAUAGAGUACCAACGUGUUCUCAUUGAGAGACACACAGAGAACUUGGUGAGAGAACUUGGUGAGAGAAUGGUAGAGAAUCCUCAAGGACCCGGACCUCGAACAGUGCUGACUUUUUAA